AUAAAUUUGAUAUGAUAUUCGCGCAUGAUCUACCGGGGACUAGUGUAACGUCAGCAUCUGUCUCCAGUUGUUACUUCCAUAUUAAUCCGUGUUCUCUGGAUCAGAACUGAUUAGAACAAGUGAAUUUUAUUAGAAUUUCCAUAUUUUUCUAUUAAUUAUAAAAUGGCACCGAGUAAUAUUCAACUUGUAUCAUCAAUGGCGAAAACAUUGUUGAGAAGUGAACAAUACGCUUAUUCUUUAAAUAUUUCUAGAUCAAGGUCAUGGUGGUCGCAUGUUGAACUAGGACCUCCAGACGUUAUUUUAGGUGUUACAGAAGCUUAUAAAAAAGAUCAAAAUCCAAAUAAAAUUAAUUUAGGUGUAGGAGCUUAUAGAGACGAUAAUGGAAAACCUCAUGUGCUUCCAAGUGUCCGUAAGGCAGAAGAAAACAUUAGAGGGAAGAAUUUAGAUAAAGAAUAUUUCCCAAUCUCAGGAAACCCAGACUUUUGUAAACACAGUAUUACAUUGGCAUUAGGAGAUAAUAAUGAAGUUUUAGCUCAAGAAUCAAAUGCAACGGUUCAAGGAAUUUCUGGUACAGGUUCUCUGUGCAUUGGAGCCAAAUUCCUGGCUCAAUUCUUCCCAGGUAACAGAGAAGUUCACGUUCCAACACCAACAUGGGGAAAUCAUAACCCAUUAUUUAGACACGCUGGGUUGGCUGUAAAACAAUAUCGUUAUUUUGAUCCAAAUACAUCUGGAUUAGAUUUUCAAGGCAUGAUGGAGGAUAUAUCUAAAAUCCCUGAGAAAUCAAUAAUACUCUUACAUGCCUGUGCUCAUAAUCCAACUGGUGUUGAUCCUAAAUUAGAACAAUGGAGUGAAUUGUCUGCACUAAUAAAGAAAAGAAAUCUCUUUCCAUACUUUGAUAUGGCGUAUCAAGGAUUUGCUUCAGGUUCCACUGAUAAAGAUGCAGCAGCCGUUAGAUUGUUCAUCAAAGAUAAACAUAAGAUUGCUUUAGCUCAAUCCUAUGCAAAAAAUAUGGGACUCUACGGUGAACGUGUUGGAGCAUUUUCAUUAAUUACAUCCAGCAAACAAGAAGCUACUGCUGUUAUGUCGCAGCUUAAAAUUAUAAUCAGACCUAUGUAUUCCAAUCCUCCUAUUUCUGGAGCACGAAUUGUUUCUGAAAUAUUAGGAAAUCCUGAAUUAAAAGAAGAAUGGCUACGCGAUGUUAAAGCAAUGGCUGAUCGUAUUAUUUCCGUGCGCACUAAAUUACGAGGGAAUUUAGAAAAGUUGGGAAGUUCGCGUAAUUGGCAGCACAUUACUGAUCAGAUUGGAAUGUUCUGUUUUACAGGUCUUAAAGCUCCAGAGGUUGCAAAACUUACAUCACAGUAUAGUGUAUAUCUUACUAAAGAUGGAAGAAUAUCUAUGGCAGGUGUAUCAAGCAAAAAUGUGGAUUAUCUUGCUAAUGCUAUUCACCAAGUAACCAAAUAAAUUAACAUUUUAUUCGAUUUCAAGGAAACGAAUCGAAUUAUCUUUUUCUCCCAAAGGAUAAAGGGCAUAGUUUAUAAAUUAAUCAAAAAAUUCCAAUUAAUUCAACGAAAGAUAUAUAUUUUUAGCUAAUGCAUUUAAUUUACAUCACUGCUGGCAGUGCAGUUUAUAAAACAAGAAGGUUAAUUAUGCGUGAUAUUAUGUAAAGAUUUUUAUAAUUUAAAAAAAA